AUGAAAUGUGGUUUUCGCCUUGCCUUGUGCAUUUCGCUGGUGCUCUUGGUCCCCUUGUAUCUGGUCAAGGUCCACCUGGAGGACCUCUGUGACCAGUAUCGCGCAGGCGCAUACUUGGUCGAUUGGCUGCAUAUCAACUCUCCCGAAUACGAAGGCGUGCUACCCAAACAUGACCCUUCGGGCGACAAGGUCAUUGUCAUGGCGAAGCUGGAGGAGGAGCCUACGGAGUGGGUCAAGGCAGAACUUCCAGACUGGGAACGCGCAAUCUACAUUGUCAAUCCGACGAGAGCGACGGCGGCCGAUGAGCACAAGCUCAAGACGCCCCUCAAUAAAGGCCACGAGUCUAUGGCUUACCUCACCUACUUGAUCGACCAUUACGACCAGCUCCCUGCGACCAUCGCCUUUUUACAUGCCCACCGCGGGGGGUUUUUUAUGGCAUGGCAUGUGGACGCGCCCCUGCACGACAACGUCGCGGCCAUGCGAUCGUUGCAACUCGACUUCGUCCAGCAAAACGGAUACGUCAACCUGCGCUGCAAUUGGAAUCCCGGAUGCAAGGAAGCACACCGCAUCAAUCGGCACGUUACCGAGACCGUGUGGCAGGAGGUAUUUGAAGGGACGAGCACGCCGCCCCUCAACGCCACAGUAUCAGCAGGUCUUGCGGAGAACGGAGCGUUGGAUGCGGCGCAAAACCAAAAGUUUCUGCCGAAACCCAAGGAAAUCGGGGCUGCCUGUUGCGCGCAGUUCGCCGUGUCGCGAGAGCAGGUGCUGCAGCGACCGCGAGAGGACUACGUCAAGUUCCGACAAUGGAUUAUAGACACAGACCGCGACGAUUCCAGCAGCGGGCGGAUUAUGGAAUUCCUGUGGCAUGUCAUCUUUGGCAAGGGAUCUGUGUACUGUCCAGAUCCGGAGGUCUGCUACUGUCAGGUCUACGGAAGAUGUUGA